AGAGAAAAGAGAGAGAAACAGUAGAAGAGAAUCCGAGAGAUGAAAAAGAGGGUUCGUCUUCGUGCUGGCUGGUUAUCUUCAUAUAAAAGAAGAUAGAAACACACAGACACAACAGAGAUAAAUAUUGCUCACUGCUCAUCUUUUGUUUUCAUAUUCAAAGAAAAGAGAAUCAAUAAACGAGAAGAAACCCAAAAACCAGAGGGGGGACGAUGGAAGGAUUGUGUUGCUCUUCAGAUUCAUCGUUGCAAAAGGUAGCUAGUACAAGAGAAAGAGAGAAACGUUAUAGAGGAAUAAGGAUGAGAAAAUGGGGGAAAUGGGUUGCAGAAAUUAGAGAACCAAAUAAAAGAACAAGGAUUUGGCUUGGUUCGUAUUCAACUCCAGUUGCUGCUGCAAGAGCUUAUGAUACGGCUGUUUAUUAUCUAAGAGGUCCUUCGGCUAGACUUAAUUUUCCUGAAUUUGUAAUUGAUGAACACAAUAAUCAAUUACUUAUUCAUCAUGAUAAUAUGUCUUCUGCUUGGAUACGUAAAAGAGCUACUGAAGUUGGGGCAAGAGUUGAUGCUAUAGAAACUGGUUGUGUACCUUCUUCUGGACUCAACGUUUCUCGCCGUGGUGGUUCGUUGAAACCCGAUUUAAACGAAGCACCGCAGCCAGAAAAUUCAGAUGAAUAAUGUUAAACCAUGUGAUCAUUAUUCUCAUUAAUUUGAUGAUUUGUCUUCCUAGGUACAUAUAUAAUAUAUUAGUUUAUGGAUGAUGAAAAUUGUGAGAUAAGUCAUGAAACGAAUUGCGUCCAAGAAUAUAUUCUGGCGUCAAUAAUAUUAAGUUUUGUUAUUAUUAUUAGUUUUUCGAUUCCAAAUAUCUCUUCGAAAUCUUAAACAAUUAAUUCAA